GACCAACCUUUCGGAUGUUCAUUCAACAACCUCGACAGUACAAGAAGCGGCGUCACAGGUACUAAAGUACAAAAGCUUGAUCGGAAACUACGCAUAUUCGGUUCUUCGAGCGGUAAAAUGUAACGGAAAGAGAUUCGUUGUCGUUCGUAACCCAUGGGGGAAAAAAUCUGAAUGGACAGGUCGAUGGUCGGAUGGUUUAAAGCAAUGGACACAAGAAUGGUUGGGAGUUUUACCGAAAUUGGGACAUACGUUUGGGGAUGAUGGGCAUUUCGUAAUGGAAUAUUUGGAUUGGUUGGAAUGUUUCGUGUCGAUUGAUAGGACUAUUCUUUUCGAUUCUACUUGGAUGAUGUCAUCUCAAUGGCUCCACGUCCCCGUUCCACCUCUUCCCGUCGCUUGGUCUUAUGGCGAUGUGACCUUUACGUUCUCACUUCCGGGACCUUCCACCACCAUCAUCGUACUUUCUUAACUCGAUUUAAGAUAUUCCAGAGAUGUCGCAGGUCGAGCAUCUUGGACCAUGGAUUUUACUCUUGUCAAAGAAGGUCAAAAGGAACCUAUCGCUGAAUCUGGUCAUUCGGAUUUUAAUCUCCGUAGUGUUCAUUUGGAAGUCGACUUAGAGGCAGGGAAUUAUAUCGUUUAUGUGGGUAGUCGUCGAAUUAAGCCAUCAAAAAAAAAUUCUGAAAAUGUCCUUUUUAAAAAUCUUUGUUAGAUCGAAUAUUGGAUCGUAAUGAAGCAGUUUUUUUUUUUUGCGAACCGAUUGUUU